AAUCUUUUAAUUUUGCAGGGAAGUGCGGAAAUUAUGAUUUACUUCUUCAUAAUGGAAAGUGAAGGCUUGGAGGAGGAGGAUAGUAGCAUUUUUGUAUGAGGUUAUCUGUAUCUAUUGGUUAUUAUGGACAUCCAAGAUAGCAGUGAGUACAAUGAACAGCCAUUGAUGCUUCCCCCUUCGCCAGGAACUUUUGUGGAUCGUGAGGAACUCAUCCAACAUGUUGGGGAGUUUGCUGUAUCACAAGGCUAUGUGGUAACCAUUAAGCAGUCUAAGAGGGACAGAGUUGUAGUCCUUGGCUGUGACAGAGGAGGUGUUUAUCGUAACAGGCGGAAACCUGUUGAUGAGUCCUCUUCUGAAUGCUCCCGCCGAAGAAAGACAGGUUCACGACUCACAAAUUGCCCAUUUGAAGUAGUGGGUAAAAAGGAUGAUGGUUUGUGGGUGCUUUCAGUUAAAAAUGGAACACAUAACCAUGAACCGCUGAAAGACAUAACAGAACACCCUUCUGCUCGUCGUUUUAAUGAGAAAGAAGUUUUAUUGAUUAAAGAAAUGACAGACGCUGGAUUGAAACCUCGGCAAAUUCUUAAGAGACUCAGACAAAGCAAUCCUGAACUUUUAUCAACUCCAAAACAUGUUUACAAUGUUAAAGCUAAGCUUCGACAGGGAAAUAUGACAGUGAGAAACUACAAGUCAUUGAGACCUCAGAAAUCUGCUGUUAGAAACAAUUACCUCUCUGUUAUGGAGCCAUCUUGGAGGCAACGUAACCCUCCGAGGGUGCCCAAUCUCAUUGGAGGUAGAUUCGUUGAUUCACAGUCAUUUGCAUCUAUUGAUGUUAUAAACCCUGCAACGCAGCAAAUUGUUUCUCAAGUUCCUUUGACUACGAAUGAGGAAUUCAGAGCAGCCAUAUUUGCAGCAAAGCGGGCUUUUCCAUUAUGGAGAAACACACCAAUUACAAGCCGACAGCGGAUUAUGUUCAAAUUUCAAGAGCUUAUUCGUAGAGACAUUGAUAAGCUAGCUUUGAACGUUACGCAUGAACAUGGGAAGACAUUGAAAGAUGCAUACAGUGAUGUGUUAUGUGGGUUAGAGGUGGUUGAACAUGCUUGUGGAUUGGCAAGUCUACAAAUUGGGGAGUUUGUUCCUAAUGUAUCCAAUGGAGUUGAUUCUUAUAGCAUCAGAGAGCCACUUGGUGUAUGUGCUGGUAUUUGCUCCUUUGACUUUCCAGCUGUGAUACCCUUAUGGAUGUUUCCUGUUGCAGUCACUUGUGGUAAUACCUUUAUUCUUAAGCCAUCAGAGAUGGAUCCAGGUGCUGCUGUCCUGCUUGCUGAACUAGCAGUGGAGGCUGGCCUUCCAAAUGGUGUCUUGAAUAUUUUACAUGGGACCAAUGACAUUAUUAAUGCUAUCUGUGAUGAUGACAACAUUAAAGCUAUUUCAUUUGUUGGUACAAGUACAGCUGGUGCUUACAUUUAUGCUAGAGCAUCAGCCAAAGGUAAACGUAUUCAGUGCAAUAUAGGAGCCAAAAACCAUGCUGUUGUCAUGGCUGAUGCAAGUGUGGAUGCUACUCUGAAUGCUUUGGCUACUGCUGGCUUCGGUGGAGCAGGACAAAAGUGCAUGGCCUUUAGCACAAUCAUUUUUGUUGGAGGCUUUACUCCAUGGGAAGAUAAACUGGUGGACCAUGUCAAAGCACUUAAAGUAAAUGCUGGAACAGAACCAGAUACAGAUCUUGGUCCUCUGAUUAGCAAGCAGGCAAAGGAGCGCACAUGCAGAUUGAUUCAAUCAAGUAUCGACAGUGGUGCAAAACUACUGCUUGAUGGGAGAAACUUUGUGGUUGAAGGAUAUGAACAAGGGAACUUCAUUGGCCCCACCAUCUUAUCUGAUGUCACGACCAAUAUGGAUUGUUACAAGGAGGAAAGUUUUGGCCCAGUUCUCCUCUGUAUGCAGGUUGAUAGCAUAGAAGAGGCUAUAGACAUUGUUAACAAAAAUAAGUAAUGUCAAUUUGAACUUGCACCUAGACUCCUCCAUCAUCAACAGAAUUCGAAGUUUUUAUAAUGUUUUAUAUCUUGAUAGCACCUUCUUCUUUUUUCCGUUUUUGUUUUUAUGCAUACUUGAUGGCACUCUUACAGGUAUGGUAAUGGAGCUUCUAUAUUUACUACAUCAGGUGUAGCUGCUAGGAAAUUCCAGACUGAGAUUGAGGUUGGACAGGUUGGCAUCAACGUACCCACCUCGGUCCCGUUGCCCUUCUCCUCUUUCACCAGCUCAAAGCCAUGUUUUGCGGGUGAUCUCAAUUUUGAUGGCAAGGCCGGGAUUCAAUUUUACACCCAGAUUAAGACAGUAACUCAGCAAUGGAAAGAUCUAGCAAGCUGUGAGGUAGCGUCUGUGGAAAUGCUAAGUUCAUAAAGGAAAAAAUGACAGACAAACGGCAAAAUGCUUUGUCUCUCUCCCCAGUUCCCCCUUUUGAUUCAGUUACUAAAGAAUUGAACAUAGUAUUUAUAUUGUUAUGUUAUUUAUGUUUUGCAGCAUGUUCUUAAUAUCAAUCUCUCUUUUCUCUCUCCUACAAAUCUUUCUCUUUUCUUUUUCAUACCUCUCUUGUAAAGAUUGAACAACAAAUUAAAGGUUUAAUUUCUAC